ACUCUUGCAAAAACGAUGCUGUUUUGCCCCUCUAUCGUUUUCUUCCAUCUUCUUCUCGCAAAAAUAAUCUCUAAACCCAGAUUUGUGGGUUUCUGUGUUGAGCGUUCAUUGCAAUCGAGUCGGAUCCAUGUACAAGGGUAUAUCCCAUUAUGAAGGAGAAGAAGGAAACAACCAUUCAUUGGUCUAGAGACGAAUGGAUUCUCAUACACUUGAGACAAUGGCAGCUCUUAAUGCUGAGAAUGAGUAUAUGGAAAUUAAUGAGGAUGAAGAAGCGACUCCAGCUGCAACACACAGUGAAACACAACCUACUCAACCAGUUCAAAAGUUGUGGGGAUAGUGCAAUGGAGGACAUGGCUGGGAAGAUGCAAUCUAAAUUUUCAAAGUAUUGGGAUGACUACAGUCUUACUCUAGCUAUGGGAGCUGUUCUAGAUCCGAAGCUGAAGACCCAAAUACUUAAAUCAGCUUAUGACAAAGUUGAUGCUAUAGUUAAGAAAAAUCUGAAGUUGCUUUAUGAAGAAUAUAGGACCAACUCUUGGACUUCUUCGACUAUUUCAGCAAGAUCAACUGCACAUGAGCUUCUUACUGAAUCACCACUAGAAGAUGAUCCUAAUUAUGAUCUUUUUGAGCUUGAGAGGAGUAUCCAACCUGGUUUAGACAAUACAAAAUCGAAUUGGAUAUUUAUUUGGAGGAACCCCGGCUAGAUUUGAGGUCUUUUACUGACAUUGAAGUUCUAAACUAUUGGAAAAACAACGGGCAACGCUAUGGUGAUUUGGCUUCUCUAGCUAGUGAUUUGCUUAGUAUUCCCAUUACUACAGUGGCUUCUGAGUCUGCUUUAGUACUGGAGGUCGGGUAUUAAACCCAUAUAGAAACCGCCUUCUUCCAAAAAAUGUUCAGGCAUUGAUUUGCAUGCGCAAUUGGUUUCAUGGUUUUGCAGAGGAAGGUGAUAUUGAAUAUAACUUUGAUGACGGAAAUGAAGAUUCUACUACGGCAGGUAGCUCAGGACCAAGAUAAAAACGUGUGAGAUGUCGACUAUUUUUAUAUUUGUAUGACUAAGUUUUAAGUGAUGGUGCACUAAGUUUUUAGCCUAAACUUGUUUAUUUUUUUAGUUAUAAUUCCAAAAUCCUUUUUCAAAUGUUUCUUAUUUAUACAUCUUUCUUUGAGCUUCAUA